AAACAAGCACUAUAGCUAACUUGUUUUUCUUAGUAUUAUCCUUUUUUCCUUGAGCUUCUACUUUGAGGAGCCAUGGAGGUUGAAAAUUACCCAACAAGAGAUCAUCAUCAUCAUCAUCCCCACCACUUGUCACACUUGAAUAUCCAUCACCACCACAAAAUCAUCUCAUCAUCAUCAACCAAGGAUCUAACCUUUGAAAUCAAAGUUACUUAUAUGAGAAUCAUAAGCCUAACAAUUACAAACUUAAUGAAGAAAACUAGCAGUACUAGUUCUAGUUCAUCUAUGAACCUUGUUUUCUUACCAAGAGAUCUUCAUACUUGUUUACAAAUCAAUGGUUUGACAAUAAACCCAAGUGAGAAAAUCUCAAGACCGUUGAACAAACAUAGAUCAGAUUCAUUAAUGUCUGAAUUAAUGUAUGUUAACACUGAUAGAAUCAAGUUUAAAGGGUUUUCACUUCCUUUUGAAAUAGUUCUUCAACAUCAAGAUGCAUCAUCAUCUAGUAGUAGUGGUAGUGUUCUUGUAUCAGGGAGUUUGAGAAGAAAAGUUAGUGGGAUGAAAGAUGAUUGCAUGUGGGUAAUGGAAUGCAAAGAAUUAAGUCAUGAUAGUAAGUUAACUAGUGGUGGUGGUUCAGUAGAUGUUUAUUUUGCUGGUAGGAGUUUAGGUAAACCUCUUCUUUUGAAUGGGUUGAUAGAGUUGAAGAAAUCACACAAAGGGGUGGAUUUUCUUGAAGAUGAAAAUGAAGAUGGUGGUGGUGAAUUAGGACUGCUUGAUACUACUAAGGAAAAAGAGGGAGCUAUUCAAGAAUUUGUUGAUUCGCACAAGUACAACAACAAACAUCAUGAUCAAAAUCAUUAUGGUGAAGAGGAGAAAUUUGUUGUUGAAGAGGAGGAAGAAGAAGUUUCAUGGUUUAAUGAAGGUGUGAGAGUGGGAAUUGGAUUAGGUAUGGGUAUGUGUUUAGGUGUUGGAGUUGGAUUAGGUUUAGUUGUUAAAACAUACAAGAAGACUAGUGGCAGUUUUAUCAAGUUUUUGUUUAAAGGAUGAUGUGAAGCUUAAACUUACUAACAAAACAAGGAAAAAAAAGUUAAAUAGAUAGAUGUAUUUAUUUAUUUGUUUUUGAUGCACUUAAUGAAAAUGUAAGAAAUCUACUACUUACCCCAAGUAAUAAGUUGUAGUCUUCAAUAAAUGAUAAAGUAUUGCAUUUCAUACGACAUGGUUGUAUUACUGGGAGUGAGGGAGUGGCAACAAAUGACAUAGUUGUAGUAUCAAUUCAGAAAUGCAUGGCCAUAUCGAUUCAAGAG